AUGGACACAUCUGCAACACCCUGCAAAACAACAAACCAGUCCUGGACUCCCACCUACCCAGACGAUUUUACUCCCGACGAGUCCCUGCGCCCCUCUCUGGCUCUCAGCCCUGGUCUUUACGUCCCUCUGUAUUCGGACUGGAACUCUGCCCUUGCCACAUGGGGAUUUGCAUGGGAAGCUCACAUCUAUGGCCUAGGGUCUGUCUUCACUGUGUUCAGCCUAAUCUCUGUGGUCUGUCUGUUAGGCCUUCCCUUGCGGUGUCCACCAGGAAUCCCCUACUUCACCCUCUUGCACUUGUUCCUCCUAGCAUUUGCAGGGAUCCAAGCUUUCUGUUUGCUCUAUGAUGCUUAUAGUCACCAAGACCGUCUCCCCCCUCUGGGCUCUCUGAUGCUCUCUGAGUUACCCUUUCCCUGUUUGAUCUCAGCCUUCUCCCUGGCCUUCCUCCUUCUUUCAUUGCGCUCACGCAUGCGUCUUUCACUCCCACUUGCUAUUUCCACCUCAUUUUCAGCCUUGCCCAAACCUCGCCUGUUACUGUGUGUGUCCCUGUUGCAUUUUGGAGUCUCUUUAGGGUGUGUUGGCCUGCUCCAGCUCUUCCACAGCCUCCCCACCAUGAUCCUGAUCUCUCCUCAUGGUCUGUUUGUGUGUCUAACCAUCUUUCUCUCAUGCUCCUACCUCAUCUUCUAUUGCUUGAUAAGAGUCGACACAAAACACAUCUACAGGCUGAAUGACAAUGGAGAGACUGGAGGAUCUCCUGAAGUGAUGCGACCUGCAAAUUGCCCCUUUGCCAAAGUGGAAGACUGGCACAGGGCAGCAGGAGCUGGAGUAGGAGCUUCGUUGUGUUUGUUAGGGUGUGGGGGUCUACAGCUUUAUGGGAUCCUGCAUGCCCUUGGUUUAGGUGGUGUUGAUGGAUAUGGGUUCCAGCCCUGGUCCUGGUGGGGCUACCAAGUAGGCUGCAGACUCUGCGAGAUUGGGGUGUGUCUAGGUUUGUCUCUCAUCGGCACACACCCUCUAUUCUGUCACAACAACUCCUCGAUCAAGACCAUAACUCACCCUCGGCCAGGAUCUUGGUCCCGCCUGUCCUGCAGCUCCCCUUCACGAGGGCUAACCCUUCCCUCUCAUGGAGGCGCAAACUCUCCUGUUCUCUCUACACUUGAUUCCUGGUCCCAAGGUAAGCAGGAAAAGCUGGUGGUCUGUGAUGUCAUCAGUAAGGGACAGUCAGAGGCUCUUCCUCUUUGUUCAAUUGUGGAUCCUCCUGGAAAUGGGCUAGAUUGUCUCCCAAAAUCCAGCCAAACACGGACUACUAUACUACCUCUACCUACACCCCCAAGCCCACCUCAUAAGCCUAAAAAUGCAGUUGAGUCUGAGCUAUCGUCACUGGAUAGCUUAGGUCUAGAGACUGACUCUACUGUGGACCUGCGGCCCCCAUCUCCCAUAGACUUGUCUCGCAGUAUUGACCAGGCUCUGUUCAGUGAGUCCCUGUUCUCGCACAGUAUUUUUGGUUUGCCAAGGCUGUUCCAUGCUUCUUCAAGCCAUUCCUUGAGUUCUCCUAGCCAAGGUACAUCAAAGCAAGGUCCCAGUUCUGUGGAAAAUGCUUUAUUCCGAACAUCUUCCUGUGGAGACAUGGAUCAAGAGAAAGCCCUGCCUAGUUCUAGAUCUUCCCAGCCACAGCCAGGCUCUUUGACAUCUCACAGCAAGACACCAGAGCAAUGGGACUGGAAAGAUAGUGUUUCUGGAUCAACCCAGGGUCUGUGCAGCAAUCCUAAGGUGACAGGAAAGCUGCGCUCACAUUCCUGGGCAAACAGAGGGCAAAGCUUUGCUCAGCACAGUCUUCCACGAGCAAUUCCCCACCUGUCUUACCACAGGCGUUACCGAACCCUGAGCUUGGCCUCCCAGGACAUCCAGGGUUCUGGCCGACUGGCAGGGACUAAACACCUGAGUGAAAGCAAACAGCUGGAAUGGGAUCUGGCUGUACAGGCAGAGUUUGUCAACGUGUGCAGACAAAUUGAUGCUCUGAGUGUUUGCAGUGACACCAUUGAAUUGUAG